AUGGGUAACAUGCAGAGCGUGUUGUCUACUUUUGUUGCGCUCUUUGCUGGCCGUUCAGUCACUCUCCAUGUGGAUGUUAGCAGACGCGGCGUCAAAAUUGGACAAGUUCAGUCUACCGCCUUGUCGGAAGACAAGACACAAGUCGGACAAUGCAUCGGGAUCCUUCGGUACCUCGUCUGUACGGGUGCGGAUAUGGAGAAGAUAAAUAGGACCUCGCCCUCGCAGAUUGUGGGGAUACUGCACAACAAAGGCGAUCACUGGAAGUGCCUCCGUGGUGCGCGAUUAAAGAACAACAUCUUAGAGCUCUAUUUGAAUUCUGAUGAUGACGAGGACACGGCAAGGCAACAUGGACAUGAGAUCGCAGAAUGCUUUGCCUUUUCAUCAACAUGUCGGCUCUUGGCGCCUGAAUAUCUGCUUGAGGUCCUAGGUAUGAAGCCAAAGGACGCCCCCUCUCUCAAGGAUCUUCCAGGCCAAUUUACCUUGGAAAACCAUAAAGUUGCCAAGGAUGCCUUUAUAAAAAAUGGGAGGGUCAUCAUUGGCUUCACAUCGCCGGAAGUUGCUUGUCAACUCCAACGCAUCGCAGCGAAAAGGGAUGCCCGCUUCAAUGUGGAAAAUGUGCUGAACCACACGCGACCACAGACUGCGGAGUUGUGA